AUGUCCGCAACAUCAUCGCCACAGGUUGCAGCUCCCACAUCUCCCCCGCGCGCUGGGCGUCUACGAGGCCUCUCGUACCUUCGUCAUUACGCCCAUGGACACGCCCACUCCCCUUCACAGGCCGCUCCCACUGUUGUUACGGCUGCCAAUGUCAACUCAAGCAACGGGAAUGCCACCACCUCUCCUCCAUCUCUAGUUCAGCAACCUACAUCACCCCCAACUGCGGCGGCUGCUCGAGCUCGGUCAACUUCCCCGUUGAACAACACAGCGUCGAACGCGUGGCUACCCACGGUCAGCGGGGUUAGCGGCUUAUCCCGUGUGGCUUCACAACCUUCUGCAGAGCUAUCUACAUCUACUGGGGUUGUCACUUCAAAUGGUUCGUCCAAUGCUCGCUCAAUUCCCAGUUCAGCUCCUGCCGUGCGCUCCAUUGACGAAGCUCUGUCUACUUCUCCAGAUGCUGGCCCACCUACACAUCAACCGAAUCACCCUCCCUUGGUUCGCUCACCAAGCAAUACUCCUCGCGCCGUUCAGCCUUCCGACCCGGCUGCUUCGAUACGAUUCGUUCCCCAUGUCGACACGCGCGCUACUCGUGAGUCGUUGGUUUUUACACCCAUUGAGCGCAUAUUACGGUUCAAAGAUGAGCGCAUCAGGGUCGGUCGGUACAGUGAUCGUGACCAGGCAAACCCAUCUGCCCCGGUAGGGUUCAAAUCAAAGGUAGUUUCGCGCCGGCAUUGUGAAUUCUGGUGUGACAACGGCCAGUGGCACGUUAAGGAUGUAAAGAGCUCUAGCGGCACUUUCUUGAACCACGUAAGGUUAUCUCCGCCUGGUGUGGAGAGCAGGGCGUAUCCGCUGUACGAUGGGGAUAUCUUGCAGCUUGGAAUCGACUUCAAAGGCGGGGAAGAGCAGAUAUUUCGGUGUGUGAAGAUUAGGGUCGAGUUGAAUAGAGCCUGGCAGAAGGCGCUUAAUAAUUUCAAGUAUAUAUUCGAUCCCUGGAACGUGACCGGUAUACCGGUGGCCGGGUGAAUGUGUUGACAAAUUUGUGUGUAGUAUGUCUGCUCAUCGGCGGAUACGCAACUUGGCAAAGACCAACUUUAGUGGCAACAAGGCCAAAGACGGAGAUACUUCGUCUACUCAUACCUCUGAAUGCUCGAUUUGUCUCAUGCCAGUCGCGGUACGCCUUCCCCCUGUCAUGCCUAGCUUCCAUCCUUUGGGUGGGUGCUCCGACUGAUGAAAUUUCACGUGUUGAAAUUUAUCGGAAGAAAAAAAAAAAAAGAGAAAUGCUGAUUCUUCAAUAGCCCUGUCAAUCGCUUUUCGUUGCACCGUGUUCUCAUGUAUGGCAUUACAAGUGCAUCCGGCCCCUUGUCGAGAAGGAAUACCCGACCUUCCUUUGCCCGAACUGCAGGGCUAUUGCCGAUCUCGAGAGGGAUAUCGAGGAUGAUGAUCUCGGGGAGGAACUCUGGGAGUCAAUGGGGGAUGUGGUGGAUCAAUUUACCGAUGACCAGGCGGGGAGAAUUACACAUGCCCUAGAAUCUGUGCAGCUAGGUUCGCCGGAAGGUGAUGGCCCGCCUAGGGAGGAUGCACAGGGUGGAAAUGUUGUAGAGGGCCAGGAGCCUGAGCCAGCUGGUCACGGUGUCCCUGCGCCUGCGGAACUUCCCUCCAGAUCAACUAGCACCCCGACCACCCACCCCGCCACAGAAGCCGCCCCGUCCCCGAUCGAGAUCCAACAGACCCCGAGCGGCUCUUGGAGAAGGCGCGGAGAACGGGUCACGGACCUUGAUCUCCGCCGGGAGGGCGAACCCCAGACCCCUGAACCUGACAAGACGGGUAGUGCGAGCAAUGGGAAUGGCAGCAGCGGAGAAGGUGGUCAGGAUGGGCCAAUGACCCCGAUGAACGAUGCUGGCCCGUUUGUAUUUGACGGCAGCGCAAUGGACAGUGCAUCGGCCGCCGUCCUACCGGCAGUGACCAAUCCCCCAAGCUCCCUCGAUGACAGCUCGGAUUGGAGAUCUGCUGUACCGAAUUAA